CAUCGAUCCAUCCAUAACCCUACCUUCUUCUCUCUCGCGCAAGACUGCGAUCUCCCUCCGAGCCCUUUCAUCUUCUUCCGUUUCCUUCUCAAUCAAUGAUGAUUGAAGUUAUGUUGCUCGGUUUUAUUGGUUUGGUUAUAAAAGAAAUUUGGUUAUCUAACCAAUCUCUGCGUCUUUUGUCUUUUAAUUAGUUAGGGUUUUGUUGGUUUUCGUUCUUUGCCUCUUCUUCUACAUCGUUGUCUCUCUCAACUUUGUCUGCAAACACAAUUUUUUUCUUUCAACUCCUCACCUUCAUUAAAGCUCAACGAGGUUCAACACAUCCUUCUAAAUUCCCUUGAUUAUUGUGAUUGUCAUUCGACACGGAGGAACCGACCUCCUCCGCCUUCGCUUCAUCUCCAUGUUCAAGGUAAGGACAACCACAUCACCGUGCUCUACUUCGACACGGAUGUACCGAUCCCCUCCGACUCAUGAUGAAUCCCGUGCUCAACCAUCUUUUCUAUGGAUUUCUUCAAAUCCAAGUACAUAUCUUCUGGUUCUUUGGUAUAUAUUUUAAUUUUCUUCGAGUCUUUGUGAUGAUUUAAUUGAUUUUCCAUGAAAUCAUUUGUGGUUAAAGAGGAGGAUGAGACGCUUCGUGGAGGUGGCUAAGGGUCGUUGGCAUUUUUACCUUUGUUAACGGUGGUGGAAGCUCCAGAAGAUAAUGUUAUAGGGGUUUGUUGAUAUGAUGAGAAGUAGCUCUUUAUCUAGAGCCUUCAAUCUGUUUUUUUUUUCCAAUCAGUAGGAAGAAAGGAGGCUGCAAAGCUUUAGAAAAGUACUUUCAAAUAAUUGUAAUGACGGAGGCAAUGUACAGGAGUCUAACUUUAUUUGCAUAGAGUAAAUUUUAUUAAAAUUGAUCUGAUUGGAGAAUGGAUUUGGUCGUGAUGGUGAGAAUGUUUGGAUUUGAAUUUGAAUUUGCAUUCAGCUUCCUGAGUGUAUAAUUGAACAUUAGGAGUUUUUUUCGUAUUGGUUUUAUUGAUAGUAUGAUCUUGCUGAUGAUUAUGGUUUGUUGUUCUCUCCACAGACAGCUGUUAGUGCUUUAUAUUCUCAGCUCAAAGAGCUCCAGAAGAAGGAUGCAGACAUGAAGGAGCGUGACAAAAUGUUGUACUCAAAGGUAUUUCCUUUUCUUUGCAGGAAAACAGAUCAUGUAUCUUUUAGAUCCCCUUUUUGGUUUUAUAGUUAUCCCCCUUCCAAAUAUAUGAAGCAGUUUAUAUCACAAAUGCAGGGGGACACUGAUUCUACGAGUAAGUUAAUUGGUUAUUGUAUGUGUGUUCAUGCAUUCAUAUACUUAAGCUAUCUGAACACUGUAUAUUUAUAUAGGUUGGUCGCUAGAGACACUGAUCUUCCAUUGGCAGCAACACUGCUGAAAGCAUAUGCAAAGGUUGAGCCUCUGACAAUAGCUGAGCUCAAUUAUUUAUUAUCACUGCUCCAUCCCAGGACAUUGACAUCAUAUGUACCGGGAGAGUUGCUCGCGUUGACAUGGACAAAGGGUGGUGUUAUGCUGCAUGCUCCAAAUGCAGUAAAACUGCAGCACACUGUCUCCGCUAUUGCGUUUGUGCAAUGCGACAAUGCUCAUGCUGUCGGGACUUUCCGCUAUCGCGUGGAGACGGCCAUUGCUGAUGGUACUGCUGAAGGUACAUUCUUUCGUUUUGAUGGUGUAGUGACGAAAUUACAUAGCCUCAGAGCAAGUGAAGCUGGUCAAAUGCUGGCUGAAGGAGUAAACCCUGAGGACUUUAAGAUGCCUCCAUUUACUACCCAUAUAGAAGCAAAGACAUACACUUUCCAAUUCAGUGUUAGUACAUAUAACUUCACAGCAAUCAGACAUUCACCAUCACGCUCAUUCUCGAUGAACGUGACCGUGUGCCAGUCCCUGACGUUGUCGACAACAUAGGUAAUGAUGAUGGGGACGACAUGCCAGAUGGCAAUCCAAUUCCUGUUAAGGUGGAAACUGGAGGGAGCAGUGGUGAGGCAGCGUUCAAUGCUGAUACAGAUCCAGUUGGUGUGUGCAGAAGAAGACGGCCAACUCAUCUUCUGAGGUGGUUAAGAAGACGUGUGUGGCUUGAGAUAGACUAGAAAGAACUAUAAACACACUACUCAAAAUUUAAAUAAUGCUUAUGCAUCUUCAUUUCCUUUCGCGUAUUGGUUAACUAUGUUUUUGUCUUUCUCCAAUUUUUGGGUACUAUAUU